AUUUUUUUUAAAUAUAGUACGUUUAUUGGGGUGACUGUAGUAACCUAACUGUGUCGAUGCCACGACGAUCAAUAUGCUUUCUGCGACAUUUCAGAUGUUUUGGUAGUGAAAAGCAGAUCGCUGGAUCUCUUGUUUUGGUGCUGCAGAAUGAUCACGUGUACUUAACAGUGACGCGUUGGUGGAUAUUUAUGCCUGUGCUGUCUGUGUAGCUCGCAUAGUGCACUGACUGUAACUUAAGACAGCCUUUGGUGUAAUCAGCCUUAUAGGGCUGAACGAAUGAAAUGAGAGUUGCCAUGCAUAGGCAAAGCUAUUUUACCCACUAUUAAUCAGUCAUUACACUGCCGGCGCAAGGGCUGUAUUUUUCUCUUGAUUUGGAUAUGGAAUGUUUGCCUAUAAUCGCACAAUUAUAGUACUAUACAUGUCCUAGGCUAUUUACAGUAAAAGCAUUGUGCAAUCUCAAGUUCUGGUGUCACUUGACAAGUUCGCCUGAGAAUCAGUGUUGCCAUUGUUGCCAUGGUUCCCUGUCUCAGAAAAUAAGUACUUGUCUCCUUAAGCACAAAUGUUUAAAUUUGAUUAAAUGUCUGCAGCAAAGUAGUAGCAAACCAACUUUUUUUAGGAUCUGGUCUGUUUAUGCAUUUUCUGCUUUUAUUUUGUGUUUGUCCUGACAUCUUGACCAUGAUGCUCAAUGUGUAAACAUAACUAAACCCCAUUGUAAGUUCCCUCCCAGUCAGCUGGACAUCUCUGCGGUUGGUUUGCCUGUCCCUGUAUAUGUUGUCUCAGUUUACCUUUUACAUAAAGUCUAACCAAUGUGAUAUUUCUGAGACAAGGUGAAGUCACUUUUUUAGACAAGAUCCAAUUGUCUUCUGUGUAUGGCCUAUUCGUUGAACAUACUGUAGUGAAAUACUUUAAUAAUUAGUUGGCCUAGGCCUGUGUCUCAAAUUCCAAUGGUUUUGGAUCAACUACAUUUACUUAGCCAACUAAAGGCUGGCCUAGUUGUCUACUUGGAAUCUUAAUAAUGUUGACAUUCACUAGUAAUGCUGCUUGUGUUGCUUGGACCAUUAUGAGAGUGAUUACCCAGUUCACCUGAGCAGGGAAUUGGAUCUGCAGUGGACAGUUGGCUGUUGAAAAGCCCACUGUUAUCAUAUGACCCUGGAGAUGCUGGCACUCCAAUUCAGGACACAGUGGACCAUUGUCUCUUCUGUAAAAUUCAACAGUUAAAUUUUUUUUUUGUUAUUGGAGAAGUAGGUUGUACUGACUAAAUAAUGCCAAACGUGCGUGUGUGCGUGCAUGCACAAGCUCUCUUGGCUAAGGAACGGUCUUACUGUUACCCUGGCCAUCCUAACCUAACAGCUGUUUAACUGUCCUGUGGCGUUUUACGUCGUGUGUCACCUAGCAACGGGAACACAAACACACAGAAACAACACACAUUUUGUCCUAAUGGUAACACCAUACCAAAGAGACAGUUGAUGGACUGGUCUUCAGUAAGCAUUAGCCCACCAUGCCUGGGAACAAUGAGCUGCCCACCUCCAUGACCACCAGGGGUAGGGAGGACGUCAGUAGUGACGCUGAGUCGUCGUCAGACCCCUGUGACAGCCUCACGUGUGCCAGUGACUCUGACUGCUCCCGCCAGAGCUUUACCAGUGACUGCUCCAGCAGCAAGCACAGCUCCCCAUCCUCCAGCCCGCCCAAAACCAUAACACUGGAUGAGGUCAUGUCUUCUGCUCGGGACCUAUCCAACCUGACCCUAGCACACAACAUCAUUGUCGACCGUGAAUUCCAUGUGGAGCAGCCCCACCUACCUCAGAACAGUUUGGUAAAGCAGGUCAAAGAUAUAGUUCACAAGGCAUUCUGGGAUAGCCUGGAGUCUGAACUGAAUGACAACCCACCAGAGUACGAGCAUGCCAUUAAACUGCUGGAGGAGAUCAGAGAGAUACUGCUAUCUUUCCUGAACCCGGGAGCCAAUCGGCUGCGAACUCAAAUCCUGGAGGUGCUGGACAUGGAUCUGAUUCGCCAGCAGGCUGACAAGGAGGUGGUGGAUAUCCAGGGCCUUGCCUCAUACGUCAUCACCAUAAUGGGCAAGAUGUGUGCCCCCGUCCGUGACGAAGAGGUCAAGAAGCUCAGCGAGAGCACUGACAGUGUUGUGUCAUUGUUCAAAGAGAUUUUCCGAGUGCUGGACCUGAUGAUGAUGGACAUGGUGAAUUUCACCAUUCAAAGCCUGCGGCCCGAACUGCAGAGGCAGUCUGUGGAGUACGAGAGGGAGAAGUUCCAGAGCAUUGUGGAGAAGAUGCCCAGUGCAUUGGACCAUACCACUGAGUGGAUCAAGUCCUCUCUGGAGGAGGUGCUUUUCUCAAUGCCAACUGUAAAGCAGACCAACGACCAGGAUAAGGGAGGGAAAGCCUUGCCCAGCCCCCUACUGGUCUUUAACAAUGGAUUCAUCCAAAUCCUCACCUGGGACUAUCAGAAACGCCCACUGCCUGAGACCCUGCUGACGGACGAGGUGCGUCUGCGGGAGCUCCAGCGAAAUCUUCAGCUGCUUCAGUCUGUAGCCUCGGUGCUGCUCAUCGUCUACAAUGCCAUCGGAGGUCCAAUCUCAGGCUUGCCCGCGCUCGCCGAGCGCCUUAAGAGGAUGACCAGUGUGCUGCUGGAGGGCAUGCACAGCCCGGACUUUAACCUGUUGGAGGCCCUGGAGAAUGUUAGUGCUCAGAUCUGCUGUGAGCUUAACAAGUCUCUGGCCGAAAGGAACUACCCUGCCCUGCCCCCAGAACUCCAGGCCACCCUGAAGGGCCAGAUCACCAGCAUCACCCAAGAAAACAACCCUAUUCGCAGUCUUGUAGAGGGGAGGGUCCUGCAAUACAUCCGGGCACUUUUAGCCGCCAAGUCUCCAGUGAACCUGACCCCGAUGCCAGGGGGCCUGGCCCUGAUCCAGCCGGAGCUCACCUCACUUGCGGUCACCUUCGUCAACCUGGUCAAAUACAACAAGCAGGUCUACGGUCCCUUCUACAUGACGAUCCUCAAGAACCUACUGUUCAGUAACACUGGCCCUCCACCAGCAACCACCACACCCCAAGAGCCCAGCACACAGAACCCCGUCAGCUACAAUGACAAACCCACCUACUGAGCCGGGAGCAACGGAACACUGGAGCGGAUGUCAUACUGAGAGGGGGCGAAGAAAGGAAAACAUUGUCACUUUUAAAAUCCGAUGAUGUGGUUGUUGUGAUUCCUUGAGACUGCAACUGUCCCCUGUCCCUAACUCUUCUCCACUAAGGCUUUAGAUGUAGUAUAACCACUACGUUUGUCUCUAGAGCAUCGGAGUACAGGCAUCAGAUGACAGCUCGAUGUAUCAGCGUCCCGCUGUCCUGCAUUGCGAUAUCUUCUCUGUUAGACUUGACCUUUAAGUGAAUCUUGGUGUCCAUUCAUACCAAACAACGGACCCUAGUGUUUUGUGUGUGGAAUCUUUCCCACUGUCCCUACUAAUUGCGUGGGUACAUUCGCAUGGAUGUAAGUGGCCCAUGUCUACUCUUGUUAUUUUGGUAGAGGAUUCAUAAAAUUGUACUGUUCCAAGGGACAUUGAUAUAUUUCAUAGACCUUUAUGACGUAAGGGAAACAAGUAUAUUUAUAAGCAUGUCACUAAUUUUGAUUACUUUUCAUAUUACUUAUGUUGUGCAUACUGUAGUUUCAUAGAUAAAAUUGAUCUAUAACUUUAUUACAUGAUGAGGUGCACAAGUCCAGAGCACAAUAUUAUAUUUAUAUAUAGUAUAUGGCAUAUUCAUGGAAGUUAUAAACCAUUUAAAUAGAAAAUCUAUUUUUAACCCAUGUCGCUGCUGACUCACACAGGUUACAGCUUGGCAAAUGUCCUUUUUUUUUUCUUUUUUUUUUGCUUUCCAACACACUUUUAAAAAUAAUUUGAGAAGUUAAUAGUUGAUUGCUAUGGUUAUAGCAUUUUUAUUUUUUUAAAUCUGAUGGAUUCUUACCUGUUACGUUUUGAAUUUAUGUUUAAAUUAAGUUGUUAAAUACAGGUCAAUGCCAAAAUAAAAGAAAUAGGGGUUUAGGCCACCACAAGGCAAGACACCAGAACCGCA